AUGACAGGUCUCACGCACAUCCCUACACGCUACCAAGCUAUUGUUUACGAUCGGCCUGGUGCUUUAAGUACCAAAAUAGUCGAGCUAGACACUCCCAAUCCCGGUGUUGGUGAUGUCUUGGUGCGGAUGACCCACUCUGGUGUGUGUCGGAGUGAUUUGAGUGUGAUGAUGCGAAGAUGGAGUUACCUUGGACCCCCAAUACAGCCUGGCCAAGUUGGAGGGCACGAAGGCGUUGGCGAAAAUGCAAGGUUGGGACCCGGUACUGAACGAUUUAACCUGAAGAUUGGAGAUCGUGUGGGAAUCAAAUGGAUGGCCAGGGUUUGUGGCGAAUGCCUUCUAUGUUUGGCAGGAAGAGAUGGAAAUUGUUUCAAUGGAAAAAUAUCUGGCUAUGAGACUUCAGGUACCUUUCAGCAGUUUACUCUUGCCCCAGCAAACUAUGUUACACCCAUUCCCUCCAGCCUACGAAGUGACCUAGCUGCACCGCUCCUAUGUGGUGGGGUCACAGCUUAUGCUGCCUUGAAGAAGUGUGACGCUCAACCGGGGGACUUUGCCGUCAUCGUGGAGGCGACCGGAGGGCUUGGACAUCUUGCCCUGCAAAUUGGAUCAAAUGGUAUGGGUUAUCGAAUGAUUGCAGUUGAUUACGGCCAUAAAUCCGAAUUCGCUCUAGAAUGUGGUGCCGAGCUUUACUUCGAUGUGACGAAUGAUGAGUCUAAUGAUGAGUUGGUCAAGGCUAUUAAGGACGCCAGUCCCGGGGGUGUUGGUGCAACUGCUGUUGUUGUCUGCACAGCCUCUAAUGAUGCCUAUGCUGCUGGCUUCGAAAUGCUCAAGUUUUCUGGUACUUUGGUAUGCGUCGGGGUUCCAGAAGGAAAGCAAGUUCCAAUUGCAACCGUCGACCCGGCAAGCAUUAUAUCGAAGGGAGCCCGUGUUGUCGGUAGUCUGGUUGGGAACCGUGAAGACGCUAUUGCUACAUUGGAUCUGGCUGCUCGGGGCGUGAUAAACACUCGCUUUAGGGUAGAGCCCAUGACUAACUUGUCUGAGGUCUUUGAACAAAUGGAAAGCAUGAAGUUGAAGGGCGGUGUUGUUUUGGACUUAACACGGACUGGGGGUUAG